AAGAAGAAAAGCAGGAAGCGCUUGAACGUGCUUUUUUUCUACAAAUAAACUGUAAUGAAAAUUAAAGCUGACUGAUUUGAUUGGGCAUGUCAUAAAAAGACUUCUUUGCAUUUGUCCUUGCAUCUCAACAGCACUCCUUCUUUCAUAAAUUCGCGACGCUUUUCUGUAUGUUUGUGCCAUUUAGUUUUUUUCUCAAUAAAGAUUGUGGCUACGGAAGAUGAGACUGCCACCUUCUUUGCUAUGUUUUAUAAUGCACUGUCUUUUACUAGGUAUUCGGGAGAAGCAGCGGAAUUUCGACCCCGAGGCGUUUGGCCGACACAUGCAGAAGCUGUUGGAUGAAGAUCGACCGGCGCUGACGAUGAACACGUCUCAACUGAAGCAAGCAAGUGCUUCGUCAGGCGUUGGAGUAUCAACGGAUGCCUAUGGGGUGGAGCUGAAAAACGAAGACAGGGCCUAUCGUCGGGUUGUCCGAACGAAUUCGGAGCGAGUGAAUCGCCAGCGGGGUCGAAAUGAAGCGACUAAAAAAGUGGACAAGCAGCUACUACCUGCAGGCUACAAGGUUCUUGGAGACAACCACGGUGAGCGCAUGCGUGCCACCGUGCCUGCUGCAGAUGCUUGCUUUUUGCCGGACUUAAGGGCUGCUGGGGCUGAGUUGUGUAUUGGCGAGCCGAUGCCUUUUGGAUUUUAAGGCUUAUAAUUUGUCUAUAUUUUCUCUAUAUUUUCUCGGUGUUCUCUCUCCUGGGGCGGCAAUUGUACUCGUCGAAAAAACUUUUUUUUGGCAGGAAGUAAAAACUUGCUGCAGCCGAUGUCUUUGAGGGGGAAGGUGUGGAAUCAGUGUGGGUUCAAAAACGCUCGCUGUCAUGUUUCUCGAGCAGUGUAGAAAAUGGAAGUCGAUCCUGAAGCUUGAAGCUGUCAAGGCACUACCAAAACAGAUGAGGAAGAGCACUUUUUUGCCAUAAGCUUGGCCGGCACCAGUUCAUGUCCAGCUAUUUCUCGCAGUCAAUGAAUCAGAAUCGUAGCGAGGUCUGAGCUGUAUUGUAUAUUGUAAAGGACAGACACAGACGCCCGCCGCAGUGAUAUGCUGUAAAGGGAUCUCGAUCCUUAUGGUGUGUUGUCUUGUGUCCGAGCGCGAAUUGCGAAGCCGAUCUGAUCUCUACGUCUACACUCGGCACUUCUUCAAGGUGAAAGAUCAAGAUGUUCGAAGACGAAGUCACGUUGUAGCUGUGUCCCAGUACUUGACUCUGAUCUCAUCCUGGUGUAGACUACUUGAAGGAGAAGAUAGCGUCUACUUCGCAGCGCAGAGUGCAGCGCCUGCCUCGCCUGUAUAGUGCUUUGUCCCCUUCUGCAGUUCGACAUCGUCUCAGGCUCUCGCCUUCGUGGGGGAAAGCAAAGUGAGGCCGCUGCUGCUCUUCACUUUCGCUUGCGCGAGCGUAUCGCGAGGCGAAUGCUGCGCUUUUCUUCACGCCCAUACUGAAGGAUAGACUUCGUCUGCGCUACACAAUGCUUUCACCACGCUGUCGCGAAGAAGACAGCACAAGAGUAGACAGUAAUCAAAAUAGAUUAGACAUGAAAUUAGUUUAGAAUAGAGGACACGACGACGACUUCUACAAUGCUGGCCAUUCCUGUUCGCCUUUCAGAUUAUGCCCCAGCCGGGACUACCUUACGCUCCAUGCCCACAUCAAGAUUACAGCUACACCGAAGAACCACUCUGCGGUCUUUCGCGCUCGUGCCUCUGCCUACCUCACGCUCUAGACCGAAACGGGUCAGACUUACAGACUGCUUCUGGUAUGGCAUCUUCUUUCGCCUCGAGGUGCAACGCGUCAUCCUUCUCUCUUCGCUUUUCCAGAAAUUUCCUCUCAUUGUAUAACGCUUUCGCUCGGCUUUGCACCUGUUUCUCUCUUUCUCACGGAUACUCACUCUUUUCACCGGCUCAAGCACACGCCGCCCUUCUAUUGCCGUGUCGUCUCGGGGGCCUUUCUCUUGCUGUUUCUACAACAUGCCAGAAGCAGAGCAACACAUCGCCCGUCGGUAUCCCCGACUUCUGCCUUGGAGUAAGCUGCUACUCCGUCGAAGGUCUCUAAGGCCUUCACGCUCUUGAGUUUGUUUUCUAUUUCUUAAGGAAGAUGAAACGUCAUGAUAUACUUUGAAUCCUUCGGCUCAGUUUUGAUAUCCUUCUGAAAUACCACACGAAGGUGGUAGAAGUUCUUUCGCACCAUCAGGCUUGUCUUGCUUCUGCUUGUCAUAGAACGAGAUAGACAAGACGGGUCACUUAUCGCGGCCGGCGAUCUGCCUGUCGCCUAUUUAUCAGUUCGAGUCCUAAGAUAGUGAGCGUGAGGGGUCAAGCCUAUUUCUUCACCCAGACGAAGUGUUGCUGUAUUCUAUUGUUGUAAGUCUCGUCUUCGAUUCCGUGUUGAAAUGAUUGCGAUGCAUCAGUUGGAAGAUUCGAAACGAAAUCAGACGGCGCUACUUAGUUCUUGUGGAUUCCUAUUCUGAGUAGAAGGAUGGCGGACGUGAACUGAGGCCCUCGCCCUUCAUCGAGUAGUUGUAAGAUUGAUUUUGAUAACGAGUGGAGUCAUUUUCUUUAAUGAAGCCACUCGAGAUUGCAGCAUGGUCUUUUUCAAAUUUGUUUUGCCUCCUCUAUUUAUCACAUUGAAACUGGUAUGGCGUCUCCUAGGUGGCAUCUACUCACCCUCGAGUCGAUGAACAUGCUGGCAAAAACCAUACUACUAACCUCAAUCCAGAAUAAAAUUUCGUAUGUAAUGCUCAUGCUUAUUACUAUCAUCAAAUAUAGCGUCCAUUUUCUUCUUUCAAUCUUCUGGCUAUCUUAAUUCAUUCCCGAGGGAAAUUCAUCAUGUGGCUGGUAAAUUGUAAACGCCGAUGACAGCUCCGCCCUUUGCUUCAAAAGCAACGGGUAGCACUGUCAAGCGGCUCGAGAGAUGACUGCAGUGACAACGUCCCGGCCGAGUUCAAUUUUCAUAUAAGAUACUUUCACUAUUUCAAAAAUAUAACUUAUUAUUAGUUCUGCAAUACUCAAAAGUGAUCGCCUCGGCACGCGGUGGUGAUGUCCUCACCCGAACCACGACGUCACGUGGAGGGUGUCGACUUACAAUUCGUUGUGCUUCAGAGGGUUUGGAGUCUUGUCGUUGUCCUGUUGUUGUGUUCAAUGCGAUCAGACGCCGUCAGACAUCUGGUCAGCAUUUCGCACGACUGUGCUGUGUGCCGACUUGACUUCCAUCGAUCUUGAAAAAGUAGUUGAAUCAGUCUCAGGUUGAUUUGGAAGCUUUUCCUUAACAAAGUGAGCAGAUCCGUAGAGACAGCUAGCAGGACUAGUUCCGUUCUUCAUUUUUUUAGUCAUAUGUCGUUAUCCCUGUGUAAUUCUUCAUCAAUUGAAAGUGAUAAAUCUGAAAAGAUGAGGACUCAGUUAGAAACUGGACCCUGCAUCAUGGUGAAACGCAAUCCCGUAGAUUGAUUUGAUAUCUUUCAGAAAGUCGAAGCCUGUUGGGUUUUGUCGUCCUCACGCAUGUGAAUGCGAUAAGGAUGAAGGUGUAGGCAUUUCUUGUGGUUGAAUUUGAAACACUACUGAACUACUUACUUCAGUGUGACCAUUAGAAACACUUCUAGAGGCACACGCAUCACGGUAGGAAGUAAGGGGCGCUCGUAGUGAUAGGUCAGCUCUGAAGAUUCAAAUCGGAUUGAGAUUUGUGGCCUAGUUCUACUAUCAAAAUUCUAAACGAAGACUUUACAUGGUGCUGGUUAAGUUGUUCAGGAGUAGAAAACAGUAAGAGACGCAGCUGACAGAAUGACUCCCGUACAGUCUGACACUCGCAGCAAACAACUACUGUCACUUAUCCUUAUCCCCGGUAGAACUAUUCCAUAAGGCUUUCUAGUCAUCUAUUGCACGAAACGAAUAGAAGAAGGAGUAAGUUUCUCUAUAUGAAGGUCCAUCAAGUGGCCUUCUUCUUGUCUGUCUCUUCAACUUAGUACUUUCGCUUUUUCUUCAUCGGUGCCAUACCGGAGCCAGCCGCCGACGGAUCGGUGCGGGACGCUUGCUGGGCCGCGGCAGAGAGGCAGAUUUGCUUCAGCAGCGUCUGACGCAGCACCGGUUUCAGCGCCCACAUGGUGCCGCACUUGUUCUGCACCUCGUCGCGAAGGGCGUGGACCUCGGCCAUAUUGUUGCAGCCUUUCUUCACCUUCUCUUGCAGGUACUCAACGUGAUGGGAGCAGACCAAGUCGAAAAGGAGCUCUUUCAGCUUCGUAACGGAGAUGCGCAUCUUGGUGAGAUCGCGGCGUUGUCCGCGAGCAGGUUAGAGUAGAGAUGAGAGCAAAGGACCGCGACGGACUCAGAUGACUUUACUACUUAGCUGGCUCUUAUGUGAUCGCGAGCGCUACUAGCUCUGUCUAGUAGCACACGCUUCUACUAUUGGAGCUGUGAAAGUACUUCUUCACGCUACAACUAAGACUGCAAAGCCGUCUCUAUUGCAAGAGACAACUAGGACUGGCAGCACUGGCACCCGUUCGACAUAAGUGAGGGUAUCGAGGCGGAGGAACUUGGACAGCGCUGCGUCCACGGUACCAAAAUCGAGGGUGCCAAAGUUGCAGACUUCCCAAGACCGUUGCUCUUGACCUCCUCGGAGUCCCGUGGACAUGGCUUGGGCCAGGCGAUCGCAGAAAUCUUAAGAGUUAAGUUCAAGAAGUUUCAAGAUGUCAUCAGGAUGUUCAUGUUGGUAAUAAUUUGGAUGAACGUCAGAGCAAAUAAAAAAUUGAUGAGAAAGGUGAUUAUUUGCUAGGCAUCAAUCUCACACGACGACACGUGGCCGAUUCUCCAACUUGCAUGGAGAAGCGUGAGAUCAUGCAGGAGCACUGGCAGAAGAAUACGAAAACAAAGGGGCAACGAGUAGGGCAAGAAAGUAACAGCAAAGGUUAGUACUGGCGUAUAAGUCGCAGGUGAGUUGGGAAGCUUGGUAGCGGGAGCCGACGUGUUCAAUCUGCUUGUUUUUCAGCGCCAUCUGCUUCUUGCUCGUGUUUUCGUCGGAUGGAGCGUUCAACGGGCGAAGCGCCAGGGCGUCGUCGAAUUCUUGCUUCGCAAUGUAUGCAGAUUAGAGAAAGGGGGAGAAGGUGGAGUUAAGUGGAUGGGGUCUCAGCAGUACACGAUAGCACAAGGUGACUGAAGCUAUUCUUUCCUAGAUGCUAAAGAUGAAAAAGAAAAUCAUCUCACACCAUAACCAAAGUAGUCGUGGAAGCCUCCAGUGGCCAACGCCUCCUCGAUCAUGGUCAAGCCCUCCGGCGCUUUAAGGUGCUUCUUGAUCAGCUUGCUCACCUCGUUGAAUGCCCACGUAAAGUCGAGCUUCAAGUACUUCGUGAGCAAUUUCUCAAACUCUAACUGUAGGCCUUUAUGCUUCGUGACCUUUGUUGUGGUUUGUUUUGCUUGUAGUAUUGUAUUGGGGCAGGGUUGUUGUAGUCCUAGCUGUAGUACUACUAGUUUCUUGUAAGAUUAGCAGCAUUAGACCUGCAGAAGCAUAGGCUUCGGACCUGAAUAAUCAAAAUCCAUCUUAUUCAAAGACAGAAGAUGAACGUCUUCCACAAAAACAACAGGUAAACAAAUUUUUCAAAGCGCCGGGACUCCGUAGCGGCAGAAGAUCAUGUUCAUGAUGUAACGGCUCGGGUCGCUGAAAGGCGGCAUCUGGUCGAACAUGUGAUCAGGAUCGUUUUGGAAAUCGAGAUGGCUGAUGCUGGCCUGGAUGUUGGUAGCCAGCUCGAUGAGCUCCGGACCGACCUUGCAGCCGUAGUUCUGGAGGUCCUCGAUCGUAAGCGACAUGAAGCCGGAGCUCAAAUAAUAAUGAGCAUCAACUCCUUCAUGGAUGACCUGCAUGAAACAUUUCAAGUCUUCGAAGUCGAGCUUGAGUUCCUCCGGAUCCGGUACUUCGUCCUCCACUUCGGGGACAUCCUCCGAGGAGCAGUCGCUUGCCGAUUCAUCGCCCUUGUCCCCGUUGUUCGCCUCGGCGGGCAUUUCGACCAAUGCAAUUGCCAAGGAUGUAGUUUUAGAUGUAGCUGUACUAGACGUAGCUGUGGUCCUGGCUUGUUGAGCAUCGGCGUCAGCCUUGGCCUCCGCGCCAAAUAGAUUGGCGGCCGGGAACUCGCGGCGGGAAUUGGCAGACUUCUUCUUGCCAGUAGAAAUCUUCAGCUGUUGCAACACAGAGCUCUUCUUCAGAUUCUCCUUCAUCUGGUGAUCCGGAAGCAAGCUGAUCUCCUCCUCGUACAAGAUGUCAACGCGCAGAGUGAUCUUCGCCUCCCAAUCUUCGAUGACCUGCUUGUGCAAGUUCGCCUCAAAGUCCGCCUCGAACUGCUCGGUCUUCUCCUGGAUCUUCUUGUUUUUCUGCGGUCCGUUGCGACCUUUGAUUUUCUUCAGCUCCUCGGCCAGCAUCUCAUUCAUCGUCUCAUCGUUCUCUUGCAUGAUGAUGCCAAGUUCUUCCUGACGUUGAGGCUCAGUAUUCGUCCAAAGCCACGAAAAAACACCCUUGCGCCAAACUUCCACGUCCAUCACUCCACCGAACAGAAGUUCGUUAUCAAUCUUCGCACGGCGCCCAGUGGAAAGCUCUUCAAAGGCAAUGAGGUCCGGUCCUGGUGUUAUGUAAGACACAGGGUUAUUAGUUGCGUGAGAGCCGAAAUCUUGAAGACAAAAACCAUCGAGAUGGAAAGAUCAGAAGAAGAAAGAAACUAGACUCAUUGUUCUUGGGAAUGGCAUGGGACUGCGAUCAACGUAGUGCAAGCUUUAGCUGUCGAAUUGCCUCGGCGUUUCGUGAUCUAUCGUGAGUGAAUAGAAUUAACAACUUCUAGUACCUGGGUUUUUUUUGCCAGGAGCAGGGGUAUGCAGCAAAGCAGCAUCAGCGUCAGCGCCUUCCAGCAGCAGCUUCUCCUCCUCGUUGAUGGGGUCGCCCAGAUCAACAUCAACGUCCAUUGGAUCCUCCAUGAUGUUGUCGAUGUCGUAGUUGUCGUCCUUAGGCUCUUGCUUGAUCCGGAUCGGCGCCUCCAUCGAUUCCUCCUUCUCAGAUUUCUUGCUGGCGUACAACUUGCGCUGCAAAGCGACCACAAGUCCGGGAUGAAUGUUGCCAGCUUUGUUGCGAGUGGACAACAAGGACUCGAAAUCCUCUUCGUCGUCGUUGUCGUUGUUCAAGCUCUUGGUCGGAUCAACUGCCGGAGACUUGUUGGCGCCCUGCUCUUCUUCUUCUUGUUCCAUUUGGCGUUUCUCGUCCAGCUUCAAAGCUUCUGCAACCUCGCGGCGACCCUUCGCUCCAGGGGCCGCGUCAGAGUUUGGGUAUCUGCAUAGAUAGAGAAACAGAGAUGAGAUAAGGAAGAUUUCGGGGCUUCUCUAAUUGAUGAAAUUCGAUUGGAUAUGAAUCAGAAACGUGCAGGUUGAUAAAAGGAGAAGUGAGAAGCGACGCGACGUCAUGACGUGACCAUAGUCGAGCCCACUCAGCAUCAAAUGCAGAUAGUCUAAUCUGAGGUCUAAUGAGUAAUACUGGAAGAAUCCGUGGUUCGGCACGUCCUCCUCAUCGCGCGUUGCACGAAUACGCUGCAGCUUUGCACAUAGUUCGUGCUUGAAACGCGUACGGUGCACCAAAAUUUGGCCCCGCAUUGGCUUCCUCAACCCGUAGAGCAGUGUCUUGAUCUCUUCUUCACAUUGCUGCAGAUUUAGGACCAUCCUAUCGUACAUGGCUUGCGGCGCGCGGAUGUGACGAUCAAACUGCUCCAGGAGCCAGGCCAAGAUGUUUUCCUCCCGGUCAAAUGAAAACGUGAAGGGGGACACACAGUCCGAGUUCUCGUUGAGCCUGGGAAGUGUUAUGUUUUGUGACAAUGUUAUGCUUCCUUUGCGAAUCCAUCAGAAGCAUAUGCAAACCGAUGGAGAAAAGUGCACCAUGCUGUUUCACGAAUCACGAUAGCAUAAGAGUCUACGAAGCUAAGUUCUGUGCUAAAUAUGCACUGAAAUCAAAUCAAGGGUAGCACCACACGGCCGCCUCGUCAAUCGUCUCGCACAAUUUCAAGACCCCGGCGAUCAAAGUGAUGGCCCACGAGGAAUUGAGCUCACACCAAAGCUGCGCUUCCUCUGCAGAUAGAUCGUGCGAAACCAUUGCUUCGUUGAUCGACUUGAUAGCGAGGAGGCAAGCACGUCCGCGCUUCUUGCGUCCUUUCAGGGCCAUCGUAGUGGAGUAAGCCAAACCGUCGUUGAUCAUGGUUCCAAUAGCGUUCAUUUCGUCGACGGACAGGGGCUCCAUGCGAACGCAGUCCAAGAUGAAAUCCAGCAGCGUGUCCACUUUGGUCAUGCCUUCGAUGGACAGCUUAAGCUGUCUCGUGGCUUUACCUGAAGGGCCAAGAGUGAGCUCAGUGGAAUUGUAAGAGCAAGUGUAUGAGUGCCCGUUACAUAUCAGACCGGCUAUGGACUCUAUCUAUGAUCUUACCCUUUCUCUUCGGGGCACACGCAAAGACGAUAAGGUCACGCGAGUUGUUGCCGCCUGCCUUAGCAGGAGCAACACUACGCAAAAUUGAAACUAACAGCAAGAACUACCAUCAAGGAGCGUGUUUGUAUCCCUGAGGCGAAAGCCUCUUGAGUUUUAGUCAGCCACUACAUUUUUCACAAUUACUACCAGGAUGAUCACCAUCAGAUAUUUGGAAAGAGUGAUUUGGCGACUUCGUCCUUACGGACUGGAAAUGCCUGGAGCUGGAGGUGGAAUCAUCAUGACAGGGUCAAGCGACGGCACGGAGCCACAAGAAGGCCUAACCGAAAGCAGACAACUAUAAGAAGUAAAGGAAUAUUACAAAAGAGAUUCUUGUCCGUUUCUUUUUUCGUCUUGAGGUUUUCGAAGUCUGGAUGGUUUUUGAUUUCGUUGACGAUGAAAUCGACCGUAACUCCGCCCUGGAAGCGCUCCACUUCGAUGAUUCUCCAUAGAGAAUCCUGCUUCUUCAAAUUCGCCAAAGUCGUACUCACCUCCGGGUGGCUUGCGACCUGGAGAAAAGAGACAGACCAUACAGUGAGAAGAGGAAAACUCCAUCGGCGGAGAUAGACAAUAUUAGACAAGGCCAGUGGAUUCUUAUCGAAGACCUGUCGUUUUACAUAAGAGGUAGACCUUGCCUUGCGCACCUCUAGUCUACGUCUUUGGGCGUCAGCCUUCGAGUUCGACGACAAUAGAGCUUGCGAUCUCUAUUGUGAAUGUAAUUGCAGCUACUACUAACAUUACCUUUUUUCCCCACGCUUCCGCAGUUUCGGUCUUUCCGACGCCUCCCAUCAUAAUGUCCUCCUCGGAGUCCGACACUUUGUUGGUCUUUUCUGGUGAAGAGACUCUUUCUUGGUAGUUGUUGCAAAGUUGAAACGAAGAUAGUCGCCUUCAAAAAGGGGAACGACUCUCCUUCUUCGAUUAUAAAACCCUAGAGUGAGCGCUUUGGCAAUGAAUGGUCGGAGUGUUCGGUGGUUAAAGUUACUGUUUCGAGUACGCAAGUGAUGAUCAAGCUUAUCAGAAUGAAGUGGGAUAUUCCCGUCGCAAAUGCAACCUAGCGUGACGAGAAUGGAAAAGCGACGCCAAUGUCUACAGGAUAAAGCUACGAUGGGCACUAGAUAGGUAAACAAAGAGAAAGUCUUUUGCACUAGAGACAGUAGGUGUUUCAGGUUUAGCCUGCGGCGCCGUAGUGACUAAAUAGUCCCAAUUAUCCAAAACGCAACAGGUGGACCGCGAAGAGAUCAAUCACAACAAACGAAACCAGCGUGAAAAAAAGCAGAAAAACGAUCGACAGACUUCCACUUCGCUUGGAUCUUGUGCACGCGUGGUGACGACUUUGCAGAAGCAUAGUAGAGGAGGAUCGCGUCGGUUUGUUGGAAAAAAGAGCUGGCUCUGCUGUUGCCGAGAAUCCAAUCUGUCGCAGCCGAUCGGUGGAUCUAUGUCUAUCACUGGAUCUAUCAUCUUCUUCUUCACGCGAAAAAAAGAAGUUCUGGGAUCAGUCUCUUUGAAAGUGAACUACAAGACGGGAAGAAAGAGCAAGAGCAAGACACUCAGAUCUUAGCCGCGGGAACACACAAGCGAAGCGCGUUCUUCAUUGCUGCGCUAGAUCGGGUGCUGCGUCCUGUUUCUUAUAGUGCAACCCUGUCACUCGUUCAUCCUACAGGUUGUCUGACGCUGGCUUCCUAUUCCUACUAUCAAUGUCUAUCCCGCCCCAAGUUUCUACAUUAGAUGAAGCAACCACUACAGCAAGGAGGAAGAGCGCUGAUGGCUCUGCUACGGUAAAGCUGAGCUCCAGAAUGCUCUGAGUUGAUCUCUCUGUUUAAGUUGCCUGCGCAUGUCCACUAAGUUAAUCCGUUGCAUGUCCCCUACAUUCUUUGUGACAAAUGAAAGCUAAAUCGCCCUACACUUCUCAUUUUGCAUGUCGCCUACAGACUUGCGAAUAGCGGACACUAUGUGCAAAAUGAAUCAGCCUACUAAUCUAUUGAUUUCCAUACUGAAAAACAAAAUUAUAAAAUGGCUUUAUAUUUUACUUUAUAUUUUCUCUAUAAAAUCUAACUUUUUGCAGAAUGUAGUGGGUCUGGCUCAAAAAUGGUACAUUUUAUAAUGGCAAAAUAUAAUGGAUGGGUCUGGACCAAAAUGGUCACACUUUGACAACAAGAUUGAAAGUUUUGAAUAUAAGUCGGAAAUCUGUAUCGUUCUGGCCAGUCUCUAGUCGUGAUAAGGCGUCGAAUGUGCAUGGUUUGGCGCACAUGGUUCCACUCUGACCCUUUAAGUUGAUGCAAGUUCUUAUCUUCCUCUUCAGCUUAGCUACUUUCGUUGCGCUUCGAUUCUCCCAGCUACGCCUCUUCCUCCUCGGCGUCCUCGUCGAUUCCGAGCAUGUUAUCAACAAUAGCAGCGUCCGAUCCACCAUCACUCGCUUCUUCAUCUUCCUCAGCCGCCUGUAGCUCUGCUUGAUGUGCAACGGGCGCCGCCCUAGAAGUUGAACUAGAAGACGCUGAGCCUGCUGGCACAAUUGCCGGAUUGCUACUGCUUGUUGCCUCACCCUUUUCGGUCAACGGCUUGAUCCACUCGAAGUCCGUGCGGCGGAGAGACCGGACGUGCCCCUGCUUCUCGUUCGAAGUGAGGUUGACCGCAACCAUCGCGCUGAUGUAGGGCUGGAUGAAUUCCUUGUACUUGUUCUGAAUUUCGGUCUGCUGCUUAUUCGACAUCGCUUUGCUCGGUCCCGCUUCGUUGAAAUGCUCGGUGAUGAAGCUGUUGCGAGCACCCCAUGCCCUCAGAAACGCCGCAGCCUCAGCCUGGCCGAACUUCGCUGUUGCCUUUUGUAGGCCCAUGUCUUGUCGCUUGAGCAAGAAGAACAGCUCUCUGCCUGCUUUUUUAACGGCCUUCUUGUACCGCUUGUAGAGCUCACAAUCACGAUCCGGAGUCAUGAAAUAGCGAUGAUCGUCGCAACUCAGUGCAAAGAGCGGAAUACGAGGCAAAGACCUGCGACGUGCUCCAGCCUUUCGUAGCUGCUUCCGGCCGGGCUGGGUCUUACCGGGGGACUGGGACGAGGCGGGUGGCUGCGCCGCGAAGUCGGCCGUUACGUCAGCUGCAGGAGCGCCAGAUGUCUGCUUCUCAGAAUCAGAAACGGCUGCGACUUCUUCUUCUUGCUCUUCUUCUUCUGCAAUAGGAGGUAAGUGCGAGACUGUGGCAUUGGUAGGGCACUGCUGCUGCGGAGAUGAGGCGACAUUCAAACCGAGAAGAUUUCUCGUGCCAGCAGCGGAGCACGCAGCUGCAUUUGAAUUUGAUCUAGACUUUGCAGUUGCGCAAGGAAGCUCGUCUCUGGCCACUGCAGCAAAAGCAGCACGUCCUCCUCCUUGCUGCUCCUCAACGUCGUCUCCUCGAGUUUUUGUACUUGUGCUUGUGCCCGCAAAUGCAGAUGUUUUAGUAGGAGUAGCAAAAGUACUGGCUGGAGCUGCAGGCGCAGCAACGGGCGUCGAGUUGGUUUGCUUGCCAGAGGCGGGCUUCGGUGCUGGCUUGUAGAAAUGCGCUGCGUACUCAGACAUCUCUUCCCGGACUUUCCUCGGAGAAGGCGGCUUUUUCUCACUCUCCCAGAUUUUGGCCUUCACUGCCUUCUUGGUGCUAUCAUCGGGGGUCCUCUUGCCAGGCUUCUGCUUCGGCUUAGCAAGUCCUGCUUCUUUCACCUGCUCCGCUUUAGUUUCCUUGUCUUCUUGGGACUGGAUUUUCGACAGCUCCGCUUCUGUUGCCACAAAUUCACCAUGAAGCUUCACCUCCAAUUCUAUCCCUACCGUUGUCGGACAAUCUGGCUGGAAAAGCGACGCAGUAAGCCAGGCUUCGUGGACGCGGUGCGGAAUGUAAAUCCCGUCGUCCACGUCUUCGUUCGUGAUUCUCCGAACGACAGCAGCACUCUUUUGCCUGGCGGGCGUGCCAGCAGCCUGUGGAAGAGCGCCUGCGGCCCCGACAUCGUCUUCUUCUGAAGCUUCUGCCGCUGAGAGGUGCCUGUCGGUGUAAUGCAGAGCAUCUUCAUCAACUGCACUGAAAACUUCUCCGAUGUUUAGUGUGAAGAUGUCUUCUAAUUCAUCCAGUUGGCGUUUUAUUUCUAUGCCACUGAAUCCCGGCAACGCUCCGCCAAGUGUCCACACCACUAAGAAGAAGAGAGUUUCGGAGGGCUCUUCGUCUCCGUUUACAAUUCCACCUCCUACACGACAUUCAACGACAGGAUACGCGUGUGGUAAAGAAGAGCGCAUUUUCUUCAUAGAGAAAAUGCAUGCAGAUGGAGCCUUGUUCCUCUUUCCGUUCACGCCCUUUUUUUUCGCUUUCGACAAGGGUUUCAUUUUUGCUGCUCCCGCAUUUCUAGAUUUAGUGGCUGUAGUUGUAGUGGAGGAAGAAGCAGAAGAAGACCCCUCACCAUUAGACCUGCCAGCAGGAAAUCCAGGCGCAGCCUCCUCUUCGGAAUCUUCGGAGGUACCACUGUCCAUACUGCUGGGCGCUGUCGACUCUUCAUCGCGACCUGCUCCCCUUUCACCUGCUUCUGCGCCUGAUUUUUUCUCCUGCUUUCGUUUCUCUGCCGCUACAGCUCUCCUCCCUGCUGUGCCUUCUUCUUGCUCCUGUACCUUCCGAGCUUCAUCUGCCGCAACUUCUGCAUGUGCAGUCGGAACUCUCUUUACCCCAUAUCGCUCGAAGAAUGCAAGAAGCACUCUUGUGAUCAGAGGCGUCUCCACAUGCAGCGGCGCCUUCAUCGCAAACUGCUGCGAGCUUACUGCACCGAUAAAGAAUUAGAAGGAAAGGAAACUCGAAAGACGGCGAGCCCACUACACUGUAGUCGCCGCUCAGUAUGAGUUGAAGAGGCAGGGCCCCUAGUAUAAGUAUAGCGCUUAUCUCUAAUUGCUUGCUUAUGAUAUCGUGAUAGUGCGUGCUUAUGCGCGGACUUAUGGCCAAAGUGAAGUGAACUCUUGCUGUGUUGUAUGUUGUUCGAAUGUCAAUCCUGCUACGAGUUGCUGGAGCACGUGGAUUCACUGAGUAUGGGCAUAAAGUGAAUACUCGACGCAGUCGCUACUGCCAGUAGCGCUACACGAGCACGCUAUAUUAUGCUUAGUUAUAAUAACUAAUGCUAUUGUAUCCGCAAGCUAAGACACUACGACCAUAAUCGAAGCUGCAAGGGUUGUAGCACUCGCGAAUUCCAGCGGCUCUCGAAUUCUUCUGACCGACGACCAUUCCACCAGGACGCAAAUCAUCCACAUCAACGCGCCAGUCUCUCGUAGCUGCGUCGACAAGCUCGCCUGCUGCGCGCUCCUUGACGUCAUCGUAGAAGAGCUUAGUCUGCCGAGCUGCUGCCUUCUGUAGUUUCUGCACCGGGUCCUUCAUCCAGAGACGUGCCCCUGCUCGUUUAGUCACAUUGUCACGCGCGCGAGCGAUGGUGGCUUUUUCGGCUGCUUCCUUCAGGGUUUCUUCAUCAGACGCAGCGCCCUUGUACUUGUUUGAUCGUUUCAUAUCCACCGCGCGCAUGGCUCGCUGCUUUUGAAAAGGAAUGCCGGCUGCAACACGGCUCUCCUUGUCAGCGGCGCGACAAGCAACUACGCUGCGCUUGUAGCUGCCACUCACCACGCUGCAGUUGGUACGCGAGCACAGCAACUCCAGGCCUCCGCAUGCAUCUGGAUGGCACGCGCGCUGCGUAAUCGCGUGUCUACUUUCCACCCGCAGAUUUGUUCGGGGCUGCACUCUCCAAACCUCCCAGCACUUCUUGAUGAUCAUCGGCCGGACACUGGAAGGAGUGCUUCGUUCGCAGGAGCGCAUGCAGCAAGCGCAGCCCGCUAGGUUUUUUCUUCUUACAACGUGGUCGCGGGCCUCGGGUAAACGCGUCGGCAAACUCCACCUUCUUCUCGUAGGAUGGUUGCUGCCAAAAAGAAGAAAAGAACUCGUCUUCUUCGUCGUUGGUACAAAGGCGCCAGUACAUCUCCAAGUAGUAGGUAAGAAGACUCAGGACCAACGCCACGAGGAUCAUUGGAUCGCACGUUUCAGCAGGAGGCUCACCGCGUUGAUGCGAGCACAUCAUACCACUUCCCAUCUGCAACGACUUGAAGGCGAGAUACGUCGAAGCGACGACCUUAUCCCACAUUGCUGCGCGCGUGAUCGAAUCCAUUUUCUGCACGGAAUAGGUUAGACGAUCGGACGGCAUACUCAGCACAGCAAUGCACGCCAGAAUUGCUCGAAACUCCGGGUUGCAGUGUCGCGCGCGAAGCCAAACAUUCUUGUGGCAGUGCAGCUUGGUCAGAUCCGUCAGAAUGUCGGGGAGCACCUCGUUCACCGCAAUCAUCUGUCUUGCUCCGUUGCCUACCGUGCCGAACCGCCCGAUGAUUGGACUGCCCGUGCCGUGCAGCAGUCUAAUCGAAUCUUCCAAAGUGGCUCGAUUCUGCACUCGCAGAUCACCAGUGGGGCCUUCUGGUUCAUCUCCAGCCGCGUUAGGUGCUGGCACUGCUCCCAGUCGCAGUCCAGUCCCAUUCUCAUCCGCAAGAAGAUCAUCUUCAAGAUCGAUGCUCAGCUGCAGCCGCUGGCCCGACACAUCAUCCGGCGCUGCGGCCGCUGAAGCAGCUGCAUCUCCGUAUCCGGUAUUGCUGCUGCUGCUCCGUUUAUCACCAUCACAGUCUUCCUUCUCCUUUUUCGGUCCUACUAGAAUUACUUGUUCGGGAACGUCAACUCCGAUCUCUUCCCCAUCUGCCCGCAGUAUACCUGCCAAGAGAGUGCGAGAGUGCACGUUGUUACCAGCGUCACAUGCUGAGUCAUCUAUGAUGAUGGAGUUUCGAUUUCGAACUGAAGGAAAAAGACUGACGACUACAUUACUACUUGUUCCCAAUGAGAAACAGAAAAAACAACUAGAAGCACACAUAGUUAGCGCCUGGAGCGCCUCGUAUCUCGGACUGGUGCCCUCGGUGUAGUCUCUGUCAGGUGGGUUCAAGAUUCGGCUUACGAAAUCGGUAACACUCACCAUCCGCUCAGGCUCCAGCUUGUUGAUGAGGUUCCUCCAUUUCUUGCUUCGCAAGUACUGCUCCACUUUUGGCUGGUUGCAUGUAAGUCCUUUACACUGUCGCCGCAAGACCGCAAGGAAGCCUUCAGCAUCUAGGCCCAGCAAAUGGAAAAACCGGUAGAACGCAACUUUGAACGCGCUGGAGUUGAGAUGCUCGUAGCAUUGCUCGAUACACAUGAAAAACCCAAACAACGUCAUAUCCCAAGCUGUGUCAGCCUCCGGCGAAAUCGCUUCCUGUCAUGAAGUUGAAGCGUGUUGUUGAGGAUAUGGCCUUUACUCAUGCGCCUUCAGAGUCGAGUAUUUUCAUAUAGUUCCGCGUCGGCCUGGGCCUUGCGUUACUGUGAUGUGGUCUAUUUCAAUUGUAAAUGUAAGCAGUUCAUAGCUAUAAUAUGUAUAUGCUAGUAUCAUAAUGAUAGAGAUGCCUCAUUCAUAAGUGAAGCCUGUUGGUCCACAUUCGGUCUCUGACCCGAUAACCACACAAGCAGGACCCGAUCCCAAUAGGAGUAACAAUAUUAAUAUCAGGUGCUACUUAGUGGGCGCCCAGUACUACAUCAUAACAUAUGUAGUGAAGUGUAGGUGUACCUCACUUGCAAGCUUGAAGGGAAUCUGAUCAAGCUCCAGCUGCUCCGCCAUGAUCCGGCCGCAAUCCUCGUUCCACACGGGAAGGCCCAGCUGGUUAUCUGGUAGACGUGGAAGCGUUGGGUCUCCGCGCGGAUCGGGCAAGGAGGUGUCCAUCUCGUAGUAGUACUUCAGGAAGAUCUCGCGCAAAAAGUGGCCGCAGGUUACUGCACCACCAUCGGUUGUGAAGUGCAAGCCGAUAAACGAGUGGAAGUUGUACAAAGGGCCUAGCCGACUAGGAUACGGAAGCAGCUCAGCGAUCCGCAAAGCUGCGCACCAUGCUUCUUUCCAUGAGGCUGUGUUCGUGCUGCCUCCCUGCAUCCGGUCGACGCUGUCAGUGCUAGUCACUAAAACAGGAACCGGAAGGCGGUAGAAUCGGUCGAUGUCUCUGACAUGCUCCCCAGUGGUGUCCGCCCUCAACGGAAGCCACACCUCUCCACAGCCGACAACCAGGUGCGCAUUGUGAUCGCGUAAACGAUUCCCCUUUCUUUCCUUACACCCCUGCAUGUUGCGAAUGUGGCUGUUCGUUCCAUCUACUUCGUAGUGGAUUAUGCUCACCCGGUCACGACUUCGCCGCAAAAACUCGCGACGAACGCAAAGGCGAACUGCUCUGUCGAUUUGAAAGAUCUGAUCUCCAUCGAAGUGCCUUCGUUCUCCUUUGAAGUAGUAGUGCAGGAGCUGGCCCAUUUUAUUUCGAACAUCCACUAGGCGAUCUUGCUUCUUCAUCGUUUUAAGGUCGAUGAUGCCACUAGCACUACUAGAACUACUCACCGGAUGAAGGAGUGACGUGAUUGUCGGCUGAAACGUGUCCACAGCACUAGAAGUAGAUGAUGACUGUCGAAAAGCUAGCCCGGCUCUCUUCAUCUCGCUCCGCGUUGUUCGUUGCAGGUGCUUUUCUAGUUUGGCUUCUGCCUUCUUUGCUUCAACCUUCGACUGAGGAACGAGGAAAGCCUGUCCACGCCCUGCAAGACUUGCUUUUGUAAUUCGUUGGCCUGAGUUGAAACUACUCCCGCUUGCACCUGCGUGUCCAUCCUGCGACUGGUUUCGGCCCAGUAAUUCCAUCUUGAAUCGAUCUAAAGAGGAAGACCCGGGCCCCGUCUUCUCUCGAAUAGUAGUUGUGCCUGUAGUUGUAGUAUUUCGCGCAGAAGAAGAUGAAGAUGUAGAGCUAGGCUGUCCAACGUGGUUCAAGUUCCAGAUGGGUUUCUUCUUCGGAGGGCGUUUGACAUACGGGUCGCGCUCGUCUUCCUCCUGGAAAUCGUCUUCAUCAGCUGAAGACGAUGAUACUAGAUCGAUGACGCGCUUCGCAGCACGCUUUGCUUUAGCCUUCUCUUUGUAGUCAGCUGCCUUCGCCAGUGCUUUCUGCAAAUUGCUUUGCGCCUGCUUUUCCUUUGCUGCACCGAUUUUGCGACGCUUCGAGCCCGGCUCGAAUUGGCGUCGGAACUCUUCGUCCGAAGACGACAUUUCCAACUCCUCCUUUAUUCGACGGCGUGAUCAAACACGAGGAGGGGGCUAUGAAUAAUACCAAUUAAUUUGAAACGACGACUUUGGCUUACCCAUGUAACAAGAAAGAGACGGCAGUUAGAAUAGAUGUAGAGCCACAAGAUGAUCAGAGAAUGUCAAUCAGCAUGCUGAUCUGGAUAGGUCGAGUCAGAAAUAAAAAACAAUGUAGCUCAGCUUUCAUUCAAACGAUACAAAAAACAAUAACAGUACUUCCAUAGGGAGAAAUAAUCACGGCGAAUUUCGUUGCGGUCAGUCACUCACAUCAAGACCAGUCCUUCCUUUAAUUUUUGCUCGCAGCUAGAUCCGUUAAGCAGAAGUUAUUCUAUAGGUUAUUCUGACUCUUUCCCUGUAAUUCUACACUGCCCUACGAUUUAAAGAAGUGACGCCUUGUCAGAAGUGAGCGCCUCUUUUUCCGCCCGGAAGAUUAGCAUGUCUAUUAGAUAGUCUAAUGCUUUCUUUUGCUUGCGGUCACGACAAUUUUCUACAGCAACAACUUUGGCAACAAUCCAGAGGGGGCAAAUCGUUUUGGAGUCUCCUUCUCUGUGUUUUUGAUAGAGUCGAACUUUUAUCAGAUUUGGUGUGGUCGAUGCAACGGGCUCUCGAUGCCUGCUCGUGCGAGACAGGAUGCAACUCAACUCUCGUCCCGAUAUCAAUGAUUGUAAGCCAGACCGAUUCGACGAAAGCCGAUGAAUUUGAUCACCCAGCAGAAAAAGGAGCUUCAUUUUCACAAGCAAGGAGCUUCAUCUGAAAAAAAUCAUACUGCGUUUGGGCCUUGAUCUUUUUGUCUCUCACACUGAAAAAAGAAGAAGUCAAAGGGGACGCCUCUUCUCAAGACCGAAAGCAACUACUUACAGCUCAACAUCGAGGAGAAUCGAAACGCUUUCGCAGUUCUUAGUGGUGGCAAUCAAUGAAAACGAAUGGCAAUGACAUGAGUUGAAAUAACAAAGCAUCCUUGAAUCGCGCUGGUAACGCAAUGCAGCCUUUCUAUCGACACGCUACAGAUUGGUAGAAAGGUUCACUGGUCUCACAAUCAGGCUGAACGCUGUAUCCUUUCCAUUAUCACCGAGUAGACUAGAUGCCUUUGAAAAAACAACCGAAGAUCAGAGGGACCGAAAUGAACAAAGCAUCCGCGACUUGAGCUAUCGAUCUUGUCAUCGCACCAACUCACGCCCACCACAUGCCGGCCUUUCUGUGUCUUUGGCGUUGUGCUGCAGCAGUAGCUUUUGGCUGCGCGCACUCUGGUUCUCCUUGCCGGCUCCAUUUGCAUGCAAGCUGCAACGGCAACUCGACCACAGGGCCGGAAUGUAGUCGCAAUAUAGUUUAGUAUACUAAACUCUUAUAGAUGUAGCACUGGUAGCAUCUGCCGUGGCAAAGGUGUUUCAUGGAGUUAGAGUAGAAUCUUCGAGGUCAAUGCACAUGCAUUCCAGUUUCAGCCAGACAAGAGGAGCUGCAUCGAGUGAAUGCGAGAGCCUUGCGUAUUAGAUUUGUUUCUUCCGAUGAAAUGUCUAAGCUAACCUGUAACGACCCUGGAAAUGAGUUCUAUGUCCAACAAUCUAGCUGCAGACUCUUUCAAGCCCUAGAAAUGCGGAAGCUCCUUCAGUUGCAGCUGCAGUUGCAGUUUCUUGCACCAUUUUCAAGAAUCAGGCUACGACUUCGCGUGAGGUGAGGUGAUAUCGCCUCGCGCUGCCGCAACCGCAAGGACCGACGACAGCUUCGCCCCGUUUCAAAUCAAGAACUAAUCCAGCCUCGCUUCCUGUUUUCUUGCUUUCAUUUCUGACCAACUAGCUAUCUCUUCUGUUGUUGUCUUCUACAGCGUAGUCGCCCUCACCUCUCGACCAAACGACAACUCCACCCCGGCGGAAGCAAGUGUAGAUGAUCUAGAUCUAGUCUACUCCGUGACGCUGUGCAGAAUAAAAACUAGAUGUAGGCUCAGACGAGUCUGCGUCUCGAGUGAUGCGCUAUCAGGACAGAUGCGUGCCAGCCUCACGCGCCAUGCUGCUCACCACCGGCCAUCUGGUGAAAUGUAGGCCACGCCAUUUCCCCAAGAGAAGCGCAGGCCGGAUUCUGCUCUUCCGCAACCAGGCCAGGCAGGAAGAGACGGCCGAUGAUCGAGAACUCCAGCCGCAAACCAAGGUCUACAAAGGUCGCGCCCACUGCUGGCACUGUGUAGAAAAAGAAGCGAAGAGAAGUAUAGGCAGAGCGGAGGAGGACGUCGCACGCCUCCGCCGGGCUGAGUCGUAUAAGAACGCCUGAACUUCCAACGCAAAAGCACGCCCCGCUGCUCCCAGUUUAAUGCCCAUUCCCGCUGUCGAGCAGUAAACAGCCACACGCAGCAGAACGCCGCGUAUCGGCCUAGCAAAGCAUCCUACUGGUGUAGAAUUGAGCCGACCGACCUUGAAAGAUGUGUUCUGAACACAUCAGGCGCGCGAUGCGCUCCUUCGUCGCUUUUCCGAAGGUUGGAAUGUGGUUUCACUUAACUUGCCCGAGGAUGUCACAUCUAUCGAGCCAUAAGGAUGAAGUGCGCAGCUUCGGGCGAUGAAUUUCGCCUGCAGGAAGGGGCGAGUCCGGUCAGCGGCUCGGUUUCUGCACAAAGAUGCUCGGGCGACAAGCUGUGCUAGAGUUUGCACUGGGAGGAAGAGUCUCCUCUUUUCCAGGUGGAGAAAAAAGGCGACUUCCAAGAUUUUCGGGGUGGGAGCGAAAUGGUCACCAAGACCUUCAAUUUUUCGGCCCCAGUAGCAGAGCAUGUCACAUUUUAUAGAGAAAAUAUAGAGAAAUUAUAGUGCUGGAAAACCAAAAGGCAUCAGCUCGCCAAGUUGUGUACCGACGGGACCGGGGGGACAAGGCGACUAUCAAUAG